AUGGACAGAUACAACGAGGUCAAAGUCCUGCUGAAAAAAUGGGAGACGACAUUUCUUCAGGAGCACCAGAGGAAACCGAGCAAGACUGAUAUGGAAGAGGCUCCAGAGGAGACAAAGAAACUAUACAGAGAGUAUAAAGUGCUAAAGCAAGCAAGAGAGCAUCAAGGCCCCCCUGAAUCCAGCUCAGUUUGCCAGCAAGCUGCUAAAGAAACCCCAGCAGUGGAACAGGCACCUGACUCGGGUUGCUGGGGCGCACAUCUGAAUCGAGGGCAGACAGCCCCCAAGCUGAGCCACCAGGACCGUGACACCCUAAAGGCGUCUGCGCAGUUUUUUGGAAUGAAGCUGAAAGCCAACCUGGGAGCGGCCAUAAAGGAGCGUCCUAUAACUUUGAGGAAGUCCUUGACUCCCCGAGGGAAGCCAGCUGUGCCCCUGUUGGAGAAGAGCUCAGACAACAGCAACCAGGGUGCAUCUCCAAAGUCCCCCCAGAUGCCAUCGCUGAAAAGCAACAAAGACUGCAUUACUAACUCUGAUCCUAAUGAGCCAGGAGACCUCCUCCUCCCGCCAUCGAUAUCGAGGCUGGCCCCCACCAUCCUGUCUGCAGGGCUGAAGCCGAGCCCUGAGGUGAAUAAAUUCCAGCAAUUGAAGCAGACUGUGGCCCAGAGACUGGGCUCCCUGGAUCCUGGCUGGCUGGACAGGUGUCAGGGCAUCAGGGAGAAAGCAGGGGAGAGACCAAGAGAGGAAAGUGCUUCUACCUCAAAUGGCAGGAACAAAGAACAGACAAAAGCAGGCCGUGCCCUGCAGGGGAAUGUUGCCCAACCUCUGCAUGACCGUUCCCUGAACCAAACCACUGGAGCUAGGGCUCAGUCCCCGGAAAGUGAGCAUGUUCCACCUCUAGGAAACUGCCUCCUGGGGAGCUGGAAGCUGCAGGGACACCGGGAUCCUUCUAGGAGAAACCGGCAAGGAGCUGCGCUGGAGGGGGACGAGCUAAUGAAAGGUGGUGGAGAUGGCUGCAGGGUGGCUGUGAAGGACGAACAGGGCACUAGUGAAACCCAAGGGAACGGCAGGAUGGACUCGACGCUUGGUGCUGCUGAAAUCAGCAUUGCCAAAGAACGUGUCAGUAAACCUAAGACUCUCCCAAAGGAUGCCCAUCAGGGAGCAGAGCAGGAGAAGCUUGGUAACACUUCAGGAGGGGAGGGAGGAGCCUCUUGUAGAACAGGGGACGGGCCCAGUCGACCCAAGAAGGUCAAAGCGACCAAUAAAAAGAGGCAGCGAACUGCCACGGCCAGCAGAGAUGAUGGUGUGACAGGCCCAGAAGAUGGUGCUGUGGCGCCAAAGCGCAGGCGGACUAAUGCAUCAGCCAGAGACAACCCCGUCUCUGUGAAGAAGAAAGCAAGAAGGGCUGUCUGUGAGCCAAAGCCAGGCGAAAACAACUUGGAAGAGGAUGGGGAGUCUGUGGAGGCUAAAGAGGAGAAGGGAAGGGAUGUGCCAAAGCUCUCUGAAAACCUCCUUGGAGAAGUCGAAGGGGAGGGGAAGCACAAAUGGAGCAGCAGAGCCAGCGUCUGCAGGGCCCCUCCAAAGAAGGACGGCAACUUUGUCAGACUCAACCUGAAGAAGAAAUCUCAUGUUAAAGGUUACGCGUUGAGAGGACAUCGCCUUCGCAAGCAGGUGUGGAAGCAGAAGUGGCAGAAGAAAGGCGAAUGGUUUGGAGGAGGUGGCAGAUGCUUCGACAGGGGCUCAGAUACCUGCUUCAGAUGUGGCGGAACAGGGCACUGGGCCUCAGAGUGUAAGGGCAGAGGGCUAGCUCAGGCUGUUGGCCCACAGCCGGAGGAAAACAGCGAAGCUAUUGAAGAGGAGACGCCAUUGCCCACUCUGGAAGAAGUGGCCCGGAUGACUAACACGGCUUACAGCAAGAUCUCAGCCGAGAGCAGAAGCAGCCAAGCCGGGCCCGAGAGGGCUGGCGAGGAGGAGUUCGACCUGCACAUGCAGAGGCCUGCGUAUGAGCCACCCGCUCCGCCCCCACCGAUGGCGCCUCUCUACGGGCUGGGGCAGGAUGGGAAGGUGAGAGAGACCCCAGAAGAGGUGUUUCAAGCUCUGGCUGAGCUGGGAUACAGCGCCUUCCGCCCGGGCCAGGAGGUGGCUGUCAUGAGGAUUCUCUCAGGUCUGUCCACGCUGGUCGUCCUGUCGACGGGGAUGGGGAAGUCUCUGUGCUACCAGCUCCCUGCGUACUUGUAUGGCAAGCGGUCCAAGUGCAUCACCCUGGUGAUCUCCCCGCUCGUGUCGCUGAUGGAUGACCAGGUUUCGGGGCUCCCCCCCCACCUGAAGGCGGUCUGCAUUCACUCCAACAUGUCGAAGAGCCAGCGAGAGGCUGCUAUAGAAAGGGUGAAGGGAGGGAAGGUGCAUGUGCUGUUGCUCUCCCCGGAGGCCCUGGUGGGCGGAGGCAGGGCGGGAUCUAGCUGUCUCCCCUCUGCUGACCAGCUCCCCCCCGUGGCGUUUGCCUGUAUCGAUGAAGCGCACUGCGUCUCCGAGUGGUCCCACAACUUCCGCCCAUGCUACCUGCGGCUCUGUAAGGUUCUUCGGGACCGCCUGGGGGUGCGCUGCCUUCUGGGCCUUACAGCCACGGCCACGCUAGCCACAGCGCAGGAUGUGGCCCAUCACUUGGGCAUCCGGGAGGAGGAGGGGAUAGCGGUGCGCUCUGCUGCCGUUCCCCCAAACCUGCACCUUUCGGUCUCGACGGACAGGGACAAGGAUCAGGCCCUGGUCUCGUUGCUGCAGGGAGAGAGGUUUGGGGGCCUGGACUCGGUCAUUGUUUACUGCACACGGCGGGAGGAGACGGCCCGGAUUGCGGCGCUGAUCCGCACGCGCCUCCAGGGCGUAACGCUCAGGGAGUCCGUGACUGCAGAGGAGCAGCACCAGGACGAUCGCGCUGGGAAGAGGAAGAAAGCCAAGGCUAAGAAGAGCAUCCGGUGCCCUCUGAAGUGGGUUGCCGAUUCCUACCACGGCGGCAUGUCCGCCACCGAGCGCCGCCGGGUCCAGAACAACUUCAUGUGCGGCCAGCUGCGGAUCGUGGUGGCCACGGUGGCCUUUGGCAUGGGGCUAGACAAGUCCGACGUGCGUGGGAUCGUGCACUACAACAUGCCCAAGAACUUUGAGAGCUACGUGCAGGAGAUCGGCCGGGCGGGGCGGGACGGGAAGCCAGCGCAUUGCCAUCUCUUCUUGGAUCCGGAGGGCGGGGAUCUGCACGAGCUCAGACGACACAUCUACGCCGACACUGUGGAUUUUUUCACCAUUAAGAAGCUAGUGCAGAAGGUUUUCCCUCGCUGUAAGUGCCUGGAGCUUCACCGCAAACAACAGGACCUCAGCAGGGGGGGCGAGGUGUUGGACGCUGAGAUGAUGGAGCUCAUGGGAGCCGGUGAGGAGCAGGCAUGUCGGGAUGACGGGAUGAGUGGGCAGCAGCGAGUGUGUUACAAACACGAGCGUGCCAUCCCCAUGCAGCAGACAGUGGAGUCCCUGGACAUCCGAGAGGAAGGCAUCGAGACCCUGCUGUGUUACCUGGAGCUGCAUCCGCAGUGCUGGGUGGAGCUGCUGCACCCCACUUUCUCCUCCUGCCGGGUGGUGUGUUACGGGGGCCCCCAGCAGCUCAGGGCAACUGCACAAAGCUCCCCACCUGUCGCAGUGUGCCUGGCCCAGGAGCGUCUGGCAGGGGUGGAUCACACGCACGCCAGCUCUGUGGAGUUCGACGUGAUCGCACUCAGCGACUCCAUGGGCUGGGAGGUUCUGCCGGUGAAGCGAGCCCUGCGCCAGCUCCAGUGGAGCAUGCAGCUGCAGAAAGGUUGCCAUGGCACUGGGAAGAGCGGUGUCCUGGUGGAAUUCGGUGAUCUGUCCUUUCACCUGCGCUCCUAUGGAGACCUCACAGACCAGGAAAUGGACUCUGUGUGCAACUUCCUGCACCACCGGGUGACGGCGCGGGAAACAACCACUCUCUGCCAGCUCCAAGCCUGUUUCAGGGCCUUCCAGAGUGUGGCCUGCCAAGGCAGCGCCCUGUACUCGGAGCGUGUGGACGAGGAGAGGAGCUCCCGGCUGAAGGCCUUGUUGAUGGACUAUUUUGAGAAGAAACCUGCGCUGGACGAGACCGAGCUAAUGCGCAGGGAAGACGAGGAGGCAGAAGAUCUCAAUAACAUUAAACUGCGGGAGUGGGAAGGGCAGAUCCGCUCGGACAUCCGGAAUUUCCUGUCCAUCCGCCAGGAUGAGAAGUUCUCUGGCAGAGCUAUUGCCAGGAUAUUUCACGGCAUUGGGAGCCCAUGUUACCCCGCUCAGGUCUAUGGACGAGACCGCAGGUUCUGGAGGAAAUACAUCCACUUUGACUUCAAUAGAAUCAUGCGCCUGGCCACGGAGGAGAUUAUCCGAUGCAAAUGA